AUGGAGAGCGAAGGCAGCACGAGCCCCAACGGCGGCGCCCCCUGCGCGGUCUGCGGCGGCGCCGCGGCCUUGUACUGUCCGGCGGACGCGGCGGCUCUCUGCGUGCCCUGCGACGCGGCUGUCCACUCGGCCAACCCUCUGGCCUCCCGCCACGAGCGCGUGCCGCUCGCGGCCGCCGUGGCGGCGACCUCCGGCGUCUACGACCUCUUCGCGGCUGACGACGAAGGCGGCUCGUCCUGGCCGGGGCAGGGGAGCCCCAGCAGCGGCUCGUCCGGCUUCAGUAACGGCGGCGGCGUCGAGAUGAGCCUGUUUGACCUGCUCUCCGACGUCGACCUCGUGGCCACCGGCGCCGGUGGAAGCAUGCUAUCGGACGGCCCGUUGUGGCUGCAGCCAGGCCUCGCCGCGGACGCCUCUGCUGCAUGGACCUCCUCGUGGUCGCCGGCAGAGGCAGUCGUCGUCCCGUCGGCGGCGGACAGGGCGGAGAGGGUCAGGCGGUACCGCGAAAAGCGCAAGAACCGCAAGUUCCAGAAGACCAUCCGCUACGCCUCCCGCAAGGCGUACGCCGAGGCGCGGCCCAGGAUCAAGGGCCGCUUCGUCAAACGCCCCGCGGCGGUGUCGGUCGACGACGACAACACGAGCGCCGCCGAGGCGGCGGCCAAAUUCUGGCUCUCCUUCUCCGACAACAGUGUAGGGUUCCAAGUUGCAUCCCAUGGAGUCGUGCCAAGCUUCUAG